AUGGCGGCGGCUCUAAACGAGGUUGAAGAAGUGAUAAAACAACUAAAGAGCAAGCCUGGAUUCUCAUCGUAUAUUCUUAUGAACAAUGAUGGUAUUGUAGUCAAGUACGAGAACCUUGCGUACAAAGAGGCAACAAUGCAUGCAUACCAUGUCCUCAGUCUAUACGGUCGCUCUAAAAAACACAUCCACAAACUCUUCCCUGAUUCAAACGAAAACGAAAUCGAGUGGCUACGACUGCGCACUAAGAUGCACGAGAUGAUCAUCGCCCAGCACCUUAAAUUUACGAUAGUGGUGCUUCAGCAACCACUUACUACAGAUACGUCAGAAGAACCCAGUCGUCGCGGUUUAAUUGUAGAGGAAGCUACGAUUGGUGGUAAGGAGGAGGAAAAAGCGACAUUAAGUUAA